GGCGAGGGUUAAUGAUUGGGAUUUCUUGUAGCUGCUAACCCUGUUUGGGGGUGGGUGUGGGUCUCAUGGCUUUGAUAAUGUUUGCUCAUAUAUACAUUAUUGUCUGUCAAGUAAACAGUUAUCUUUUACUUAAAGCUGCCUACACAGUCAAUUCAUACUGCGAGUGUCUCAGAGAAGUUUCUUAGAGAGAUGCAGUUGCUUCAUGUAAUAGUGAUUUUUGGAGUGUUAUGGACUCAAAUUCAUGGCAAAGGUAAUAAAGUCUACAUAGGUUUUCCGAAGACCUAUGAAAAUAGCCCCCAGUUCCUGAAAUUGUUUGUGUCAAAUACUGAAGCUAAUGCAAUUGAAUUUUCCAUUGAUACUCUCAGAGGAUUCCAUGAUAGUCACACUGUUAGAAACAAUCAAACAAUUGACGUUGAGCUACCCAUUGAUUUUGAGGUACAAAAUGCCGAGCAAAGGUAUAAGGGAAUCAAAGUAACAUCUGCAAAUGAUCAACCAAUUUUAGUGUUCGGGCAAAGUUACAAAGAAGGAACCUCAGGUAUGUUUGCGGCACUACCAUGUUAUCCGCAGAAGGACGUAACGGAAUAUGAGUACUAUGGAGUGAGUUUUGAUGGUUAUGUAAAGUCUAAUACACAUUACAUACUUAUUGUCGGAUGUGAAAAUAACACUGUAGUUAAAACAGGAUCCUUGACAAUAUAUCUUAAUGAGAUGGAAACAUACAUGCACAGUGAUACCCGUGGUGUGACAGGAACAAAAGUUGUCUCAAACAAACCAAUUUCUUUUUUCUCUGGUCACCAAUGCAAAAGUAUUCCACAUGGUGGUGUUGGUCACUGUGAUCACCUUAUUGAGCAACUCCCCAACACAGCACUGUGGGGGAAACAGUUUCUAACUGCACCACUCUUCGAAAGAACUGCUCCAGACAUAUACGUAAUAGUUUCUCACAUUCCCUUAACUAUCACGACAAUGGUAUGUUCCACUUCCUCAGUAAUAAGAGUGAUAACUCUCUCUGAGUUCGCUAAAAACCACGAAGUAGUGACAGUACCAGGAAAUGCAUACUGCAGUAUUGACUCUAACAACCCUGUGUUAGUCGCCCAAUUUGCUUCAGGUAGUGGUGCCGACAAUACCAGCAGUGAUCCGUUCAUGAUGAAUAUUCCUCCAAUUGAUCAUUAUAGCAACAAAUUCGCAGUGGUUGCUCCAGAAGAAUUUUCCAAUGUAAUUACGAUAUUUGUUACUCCUGAGUAUCUUGAACCGGAGAGAAUAUUUGUUGAUGGAAUGCACCAGGGUGAUGCUAACUGGACUCAUAUUCCCUGCCAAAAUGAGACAUUUGUUUGUGGCUAUGUUGCCAGGAAUGUAAACGUAAGCGAAGGGCAACAUACAGUGUAUCACGAAAUGGACUCUGCAAAAAUGAGUGUGUCUAUGUAUGGUUUCAAACGGUACAAUGGUUAUGGCUACUACGCCAUCGGUGACCUGAAACUGGAUUAUUCCCCAUCUCAGUCUCCAACUCAAACUCCAACUCCAACUCCAACUACAAUUCCAACUCCAACUCUAGUGAUAGGGUCUCAAGGUGUGAUAGUAGGAGGAACUAUAGCAGCAAUUCUGUGCGUAGUAACUGCUGCACUAGCAGUUUUACUUUUAUCAAAAUUGUACAUCAAGAGAAAGCAGAGAAAGAGGAUUAAUGAUAUUGCCAGACCAGAAAAUAUUCCUGUUGGACGAAAAGACACUACUACAACUGAAAAUGAUAACUUAUAUGAUGAGAUAAAAGACCCUGAAUGUGCAAAAAAUGUCCAACAACUUGGCAGAAGUCGGCUAAACUCAUUGUAUUUGCGAGAGCUUAUGAGCGGAAAGUUUUGUAUUCCAAGUGAACAAAUAUUGCAGCUUGAUAUCAUUGGACAAGGGGAGUUUGGUGUUGUCUACAGAGCUAGGCUGGGUCCUAGAGGGAGGUUUAGUCGUGUGGUUGCAGUUAAGACACUAAGAGGUAACUUUAGCGAUCAGGAAGUGGAGAAAUUUGUAGAGGAGAGUCUGAAGAUGAGUCGAUUCAAGCAUCCCCACGUAAUGGGGCUCAUUGGAGUAUGCCUUGAUGCAGGGUCUGCCCCUUAUAUUGUAAUGCCAUACAUGGCUAAUGGUAGCCUACUUGACUACCUAAAAAAAGAGCGUAGCAACCUUGUAUUGACAGAAGAAGAGUAUAUGAAUGACGAGGUGCAAGAAGUUAUGAAGCGACUGAUGGUAAUGUGUAACCAGAUAGCUAGUGGUAUGGAGUAUCUGGCUGCUGAGAAGUAUGUCCACAGAGACUUGGCUGCAAGAAACUGCAUGAUUGAUUCCCACUUUGUGAUAAAGAUAUCCGACUUUGGUCUGUCUGAGGACGUGUUUCAGAGAAACUACUAUAGAGAGGGAGUGGAUGGAGAGAUGGCCAAACUCCCCGUCAAGUGGAUGGCCCCAGAGAGCCUCAGCGAUGGACACUUCUCUGAGAAAAGUGAUGUGUGGUCGUAUGGGGUCACUAUGUGGGAGGUGUUCAGUGGGGGUAAGUCCCCCUAUCCCGGGACUAAUCCCGCCACUCUGGUGCAGAUGUUGGAGAAAGGAGAGAGAUUGCCAAAGCCAUACAACUCUGCAUGUUCAGACAAAAUUUACACGAUGAUGCUCACUUGCUGGGAGGCUGUGCCAGACGAGAGACCUUCUUUCAAGACAUUGUACAACAAUGGCUCAAAGAUUAUCGAGGGAAUAGCUGGUUAUUUGGAAAUUGGAUUUAACCCGUUCACUGCAGAAACAUCAUGCGGAGAAGAUGGAGGAAGGGCAGCUACUGAGGGUGGUGUCAUGCAGGAGGGCAGGAAGGAAUAGUAACAGUGAACCAUUUCACUUAUUUUGACUCAGUUAGCUAUAAAUAACUUGCCAAAUAUAGAGUAGCUACGAACACAGAUUGCUUUUGUCCACCUAGUAAUUACACAAGAUGAACUGAAAGUCAGGUAGAGUCUAUAUAGCUGCAUGUGGUAGUUAUUUCUACACUUGUAUAUACACAAUUGAUGUUUUGUCUAUAAAAACUGCUGUGUAGCUACUUAAGAUGUUUUCAUUUCAUGCUUGUGUAGCUAAACACACAAAAGUCUGAGCAAUUAUUGUUUUGUUACGCUAUUCAAAGCCAUGUCACAAACAUGCAUUG